UAGUGUUGGCUGCCAUGAAAAUUCUUAUGUUGGUCGUUUAUUGUAAAAUAAUUCUUCAAUAUCGAUGAUAAUAAAUUUAGCAUUGAUAUUUUUACUGUGUGAUAAAACUUCGAAUGUUUUGUCUUCACAAUGUGUGAGGCAUGCACCGAAUUUUCAGAAUUGCUGAAUUCAAUUCCAGAAAAGGAGAAGUUGACAAAACAAGAUGGAGACCAUCCAUUACUGAGGAAAGCAGAAAUAGAAAAAGUAUUUUCUUUUAUGCAAUCAUGGUUUCAAAGGCAAUGCAUCUGCUGCUUUAGAGAUCCGAAGAACUACGAUAAAUUUCAUUGGAUAACGCAAAAUAUCGUUUUAUUAGUCGUUAAACAGUUGAAGGCCUACAAAGGGGAGGAUAUUAUAAGAACUAGUAUAGCCAAGCGCAUUGAUGAAGAUGACUCAUCCGGAGACGAAAAGAAGAACAAGCGUUUCAAUAAAAACCCUGGAAAAGUUAAAAUUGUGGAGCUUGAAGAAUCCCCAGAAUGUAGUGAGAUGGAGAAAGACGAGACACCCAAAACCAGUUCACCAGAAGAGAAAUCAGAUGCGAAAAGUGACGUAGAUACUGGUGGAGGAGAAAAAGCAGAAAGUGGGAGUGCAGAGAAGAAGGAUGGUGAUAAAAAACCAGACGAAGGUGACAAGAAAGUUGGCGAAGGUGUAGAAGAAGAAGAAGAAGAGAAUGAGGAAGAGAAGAAGGAUUCCGAGCUGUGGACGAUUGCAGAAAUGGAGAAGCUGCUUCACUUUCUGUCCAAAGUGUUUCAGUUGAACUUUCCUCUGUACGCCGCCUACAAACAAGCCGUUCAGAACAAAAUGGAGGAGUUGACUCAGCAGGAAGCUGCCGCCCUCAAUGUCUUCUGUGAUCUCCAUGAUCUCGAAAUUCCCAUACAUCUUCUUAGGAACGUGUCGCUCUUCUGUCGGAGUGGCGGUGUGCAGGCGAUGACGAGCUGCUUCGAGCACCACAGCCUUCCGGUGGCGGUGGCCCACGCGAUGAUCGCCGUCGUCUGCAACCUGAAGCUGUGGCUCAACUUCCGCACCAUCAUGGAGCUCUUCAUUCCGCUGCGGUCGCGCGUCCUGCGCUACAUGUGCAACAUGGCCGACAAGGAGUUGAGGACGCAGGGCAUCAAAUCUAUGGCCGAUUUCAUGUGGACUGCAGUGAAAGACCCGAUGGAUUCUCCAAUCACAUUUGACAGAGAUGGCUUGAACUUGUCCUUCAAGUAUUUCAUUUCUUCCACGUUGACGAUGCGGCUGGCUGGCAUCGCUCAGAUCAACCAUCACAUCAACAUCUUCAAUGACAUGUGUAACAGCGAGAAUAUCAUUGAAGUUGAGAGUGUAGGCCAAAAUCUGGCAUCCUGGUUGAUCGAUAACAAUAUCAUCUCCCACAUAUUUGGGCCAAAUCUGCAUGUUGAGGUUAUCAAACAAAGCCAUGUAAUCUUGAACUUCUUGGCAAUGGAGUGCAAAAUAACGAACGAGCAUAUCGACAUAAUUUGGCAGGCAGCUCAACUGAAGCAUUGCAGCAAGCAGGUCCAGGAUCUUCUGCCACCGUUGAUAAAGAAUCUAGAGCCAGGCCCCGUUCUUCAUUUGUACCAUCUUCUGUGUAAAUUGGAGCCUAAAGAUCAUACAGAACAGAGCCUUGUGUUGGCUUCAGCUCUGAUCAAAAUAGUGUGGAACAGUAGCAGCUCGUGUAACGAUGGGCCCGGAUUCCUGAGUCUGAGCAAAGCACCGGUGGCAGCAGCACAUAGGCGCUCCCGGCGGCUGUCUCACGUGCACAUGAGCUCCUCCGAUAACACCAAUUCCGAUAAUAUCCAUGAGAAUGCUUUAAUUUCACUACCGACAAAGUCUACGGGAGACUCUUCACAAGGAAGUGAUGGUCAUAAGAGUGAGAGUGAAGCUAGCGAGUGUCCCAAGAGAAAAAAGAGGAAGAUUGAGAAGGCAGUGGUGCCUGAAGAUGACACCAGUGAUGAGAGUAUAAAGAUCGAAGAAGUUAUUAACCCGCUGGGUGAUGGAGAGACCCGUAAAGGAUCACCAAAACAAGCGAGUAAAGUCAGGAGAAGAAUGAAAGCAUCUCAAGAUCCGAGGCAGUGUCAAAAACAUAAGAUGCAUGUGAAACAAGCUAGAAGGAAGGCCAAGAUUGAUAAAGUAGAUAUGGAAUCCAGUGAAGAGGAAGCCAUUAGAUCCAAUAACACAAAAUUGGAGCAUAAAAAUCCGCCGUCCAAUAGAAAUAGGAAAAACGUUUCAGCAGAAAAACUGAAAGCGAGCGAAAGAACAAAAAAGGAGAGCGUGAAAAUGGAGGAAUGUUCGGAUGAUAACGAGGAAGAAGACGAUGAGGAUGAUGACGAGGAUGAUGAUGAAAGUGACUCUGAAGAGGAAGCGGGCACACCGGCCAAGGCUGGCGUCAGCCAGGAAGUUCCCAACAUAGUCCUAAGACAGGGGAACACAGAAUUCAUUCAACUGGUUGGCGACCAAUCGUCACCUGACUCUGGCCAGGGUGCUGUUAUGACCGAGCUAGCCAGCCUCGUUCAAGGCUCGCACAAUUCAAACUCUUAUAUUCGAACAUUCCAGGCCUCACAUGAAAUGAUGGAUGAAAUGCUGAGUCCUGAGGAAGGCAGUCUGUCCUCUCGUAUGAGCAACAAGUCUGAGAAGAAUAUGGCCGAUUUCGAUGGAGAAGAUUCUUGGAACGAGUGGAGACAACUGGAAAUUGAUGCCAAGGCUCAUAUGGCUCAAGAAACGUUGGCCGAUAUUGAAAUCCACAGUAGAUUCAAUAAAAUAUCCACAAUGGUUGGCGGACUACAGGAAUUGGCUCCAAUAUUAUCGCAGUUCAACCUGGAGAAUGUCUGUAAGCCGGGAAAUACAUUGCUGUGGGAUCUCAUUCAAGAUGAUAAAAUUGGUCUUCUUGGAGAAGGCCUAGCUUUGGAAGCUGAGAAGGCACUUUGCAAUCUACUGUGCUAUAAUUCUGAUAAACUCAUACGGAUGAAAUUUAUUGAAGGUUGCCUUGAUAAUGUUGCAAAAAACUGGUCGGUGGUAGUUUCGUUGAGGAUGUUACCAAAGCUGUUCACAUCAUUCCAGCAACUGCGCGGCGGAAACAUGGAGACCAACCAUGUGACUUUGUGGGCGAUGCAGGAGCAUUCCAUGAUGGAUAGGUUUUUCGAAAAUCUAAGAGUUGUCACUUCCAAAGGGCCUAUCCCUCUAACCCAUGUUCAAGUUCGAUUACAAUUCCUGACACACAUUUAUUCGCCAUUAGGAUUACCAGAUAAUAUAAGACUGAGUGUUGAGGAAUUGGACGCACUGUGGAGCUGCCUGACGGCGGACCGGUUGUCAUGCGACGAGCUGUUCGGCUGGCUGCUACGGCAGGCGAAAGCCAAGGACGCGCAUGCGCUGCACGUGGACACACUGGGCCACCUGUACACGCGCAAACUUCCCUCGCUCGAGCCCGAGACCAUUUCGAUGACGGCGCUCAGUCUCUACCAGCAGCUGUGCAACAUGGCGCGGCUCGCCUCCGCCCACCUCGAUCACGCGCCCAUCGACCAUCUGUGGCGCAUCGCGCUCAGGGCCAACAAUACUGAUGUGAGCAUGGCGGCAAUCCAGUACCUGAACAGCUACUACAUGGGCCGGCAGCUGGAGCAGGAGAGUGAGUUUGUGUCGCAAUGCAUGGGUCAUUUGGCCGAUGCCACCCACGACCUCGCCACCAACGAAGAGGCCAGUCUGCUCUGCAUUCAGCGGGCACUCCUUCUCUUGAAGACCCAUCUCGAAACUUUCAAGAAACGGUACGCAUAUCAUUUGCGAAAGUGGGCGCUGGAAGGUCAGUGCGUGGGAAGCCACGUGAUAGGCGAGCGAGGAGGCACACCGUUGAAGGUGAUCAUCCAGCCAGCUGGCAUGGUGGACAAGGUCACGCUGGACAUGCUCUCCACCGACUAUGUUGCCGACCUGCGCGCUGAGGUGGCCAAGUGGUGGGAAAUGCUUACCGCCAAGCAAGCCGCUAUGCCUACUCAGAAUAACUCGAAUAUGUUGGCUGCUGAUGGUCCUAUCAGAAUGAUCACUCAGGGCCAAGAACUGACCACCGAGUUUGACGAGAAGACGUUACAAGAAAUUGGAUUCAAAGACUUACAGAUGGUGUUCAUAUCAAUGGGUGCUUCAAGACAGAAGAAGAGGGGCGACUCCUCUCUAGACACUCCGUCAGUGCUUCCUCCUCCUCCCCGGGAGUUUCUGCCCACCCUCCUUCUCCUACUCCCUAAAAAUUUCGAGCAACUAUUUAGGUUAAUGGACACUCUCAGCACGAUGAAGACCCAAGUCAAGGGCGGACAUCAAAUACCCCAUACGAAAGCUCAGGUGCUUUCAAGACGAGUUUGGGACAUCUUGACGUUACUCCCCACUAAUUCAACGCUACUCCAGGGUUUCCGCCAUCUUGAUUCUGAAUCAAAAUUGAAGGAACUACUCGACCCAGCCAGUCCACAGAAAUUGAUGUACUCACUACACAUCGUAGAAUCAUUAAGUCGGAAUCCUUCUCCAAGUUCGAUUCCACGAAGCUCUGGAGAGCCAUUAGAUGUAACAGAUUCAAUAAAUUGGAGUCAGAAGUUCGUGCAGCAUGGCGGCCUGAAAUAUUUGUUCAACAUUUUCAUGUCUGGUGUGCUGCAAGUGAGCAUCGGUGGUAGUGAGUGGCACCAGGACUGCUUGGCAUGUCUGUUGAAGCUGCUCUGCCAGUUGGGCUUCCAGCCUUCCGAGAACGAUGCGGCCGAAUCACUCAGAGCAAACAGGAGAAAACGAGCUCACAAACUCGAAAAAAUAACCGUACAAAAGCUCAGUCAGGCAAUGCUGCAAGAAAUGAAAAUUGAUACGGUUAUACCUCGCCUCACCAGUAUUCUUUAUGAAGCUUCUCUGCCUCGUGAUCCGAAUCAUUACAAAACUGGCUUUUGGGGAAGAGCGCAGGUAGUGCAAUACGCGAUGUCAGUGGUAGUGUCGUGGGCACACACAGUGAAUGGUGUGCGCGAGGCACUGUGCGCAGAGGAGCGAUUCGUGACGUGGCUGCGACGUCUCAUCCUGGAGGAGCCUGAGCCUAGUGUGCGGCGCGAAGUGUGCUCGGCACUCUACAAACUGUGCACGCCCCAACAUGCGCCUGCCAUGCUCGCACAUCUGCUACAGUUUCUGGACAACGCGGAAAAAAUGCGGCCGCAAAGCCAGGAAGUGCUGCAUCAGCCGUUUGAAGACGGCAAAGAGCCGUACGGCCCGGCGUGCCGCGACUACUUCUGGCUGCUGUGUCGGCUGGUAGACAGUCUGUCCGACGAGCUGGUGCGAGACAGCAUCGAGGACCCGAGCGCCUGCGUGAUUGACGUCGAGGGCCUCGCCAGCCGUGUGCACGAGUCGAUCGUCGCCAGGGAGUACCUCGAGCGCCGACACAACACCGUCGAUGACGACGGCCUCAUCGGCCUGCUCAAUCUCAUGUGCAACCUGCUCAAACACAAUCCGCCAUUCAAGACCGAGAAGCAGGGCGAGCUGCUGUUAGACCAGGUGUUCGAGUUUCUGUUUGCGCUGCCCGACCCGGCCAACCGACACUUCCCCAAGUGCAAGUCGCAGACUGCGCGCUCCGCCGCCUACGACCUCCUCGUCGAACUUGUCAAAGGCUGUGUGCACAACUACAAGCAUCUGCACGAGAAGCUGCUCGCACAGCAUAAUCCAGGUCCACAUUCGCCAUACCCGUGGGAGUACUGGCCACACGAUGACGGUCGAGCAGCGUGUGGGUACGUGGGCCUAACCAACCUGGGAGCCACCUGCUACAUGGCCUCCUGCAUGCAACACCUCUACAUGAUGCCCCAGGCCCGCCUCGAGAUACUGCGCGCCCAGUGUGACCCCACCAGCAAGCACCAGCUCACGCUCCACGAGCUGCAGAGGAUGUUCGCUUACUUAUUGGAAAGUGAAAGAAAGGCUUACAAUCCUAGAAGCUUUUGUAAAGUUUACACGAUGGAUCACCAGCCUUUAAAUACUGGUGAACAAAAAGAUAUGGCGGAAUUCUUCAUUGAUUUGGUAUCGAAAUUGGAAGAAAUGACUCCAGAACUGAAAAAGCUAGUCAAAACGUUGUUUGGUGGAGUAAUCAGCAACAAUGUUCUUUCUUUAGACUGUGAUCAUGUUAGCAGAACUUUAGAAGAGUUCUACACUGUGCGAUGUCAAGUAGCAGAUAUGAGAAAUUUAUACGAAUCUCUAGACGAAGUAACUGUUAAAGAUACCCUCGAAGGUGAUAAUAUGUAUACUUGCUCACAAUGUGGCAAAAAAGUCAGAGCUGAAAAGAGAGCCUGUUUCAAAAAGUUACCUCAAAUCCUCUGCUUCAAUACAAUGAGGUACACUUUUAAUAUGGUGACAAUGUUGAAAGAAAAAGUCAACACGCAUUUUUCGUUUCCUAUGAGGUUAGACAUGUCUGGAUAUGUGGAGAAGCAUCUAAUGCCUCAACAUUAUCAAGAAGAGAAGCGUCAAAGUGAGAAGGACGGCAAGGAGCCGGAAGAGACGUACGAGUACGACCUGAUUGGAGUGACGGUGCACACGGGGACGGCAGACGGCGGACACUACUACAGCUUCAUCCGAGACCGCGACAGGGCCAAGGACAAAUGGUUCCUGUUCAACGAUGCCGAAGUCAAGCCCUUCGAUCCCAACCAGAUUGCGGCCGAGUGCUUUGGCGGAGAAAUGACGAGCAAGACAUACGACUCGGUGACGGACAAAUUCAUGGAUCUGAGCUUCGAGAAGACGAAUAGUGCGUACAUGCUGUUCUACGAGUGGACGCGGGGUGACGCCGGCGAGGGUGGCUCCAAGGAGGAGGGAGAGGGGGUAAGUGGGGGUCCGGGGGUGCAGCACACCCAGGAGGCACCCCACAUCACCCUCUCCACCGAGCUCGAGGGAUGGAUCUGGCAGGACAACAUGCACUUCCUCCAGGACAAGAACAUAUUCGAGCACACCUAUUUCCAAUUCAUGUGGCAAAUUUGUGGCUACAUCCCGCAGACAUUGACGAAUUGCGAAGAGGUGACUCAGAUGGCAGCACAGUUGACCACAACCUUCUUCAUGGAAACGUUCAUCCAUGCCAAAGAAAAGCCGACGAUGGUGCAAUGGAUGGAGCUGCUGACGAAGCAGUUUGUGGUGUCGGGUGUGGCAUGCGAGUGGUUCCUGCAGCACAUGGCGCACAACAGCUGGUGGCCGGUGCAGAUCCUCAUCAAGUGUCCCAACCAGAUCGUUCGCCAGAUGUUCCAGCGCCUCGCGCUGCACGUGAUCAACCAGUUGCGCGCCAAGCACGCGCCUCUCCUGCUCAAGAUGGACUCGGACGACGAGGGUGGGGGCCUCGAGGACUGCGACCCGGACAAGAUCGGCUACCAGUCGUGUGUCACCAUGUUUGUGCGCAUGCUCCUGUCGCUGAUGGAACAUGGAGCCAAACCUCACCUCAAGCACCUCACCGAGUACUUUGCGCUGCUCUACGACUUCAGCAAAUUGGGUGACGAGGAGAGCCAGUUCAUGAUCUCGGUGCGCGCCAUCUCCACCAUGGUCAACUUCUACCUCGGCCAGAAGCUGCACGACUAUGUCGAGGUGUUCAGCGAGGAGGAGGAGGAGGAUGACGUCAUUCCCAUGCCGGCUGACAAGUACAAGCCUGCCUCUUUGGAAAAGAUGAUAACAUUGGUAGCAAUGCUGGUGGAGAAAUCGAGAGGCCCGGAUCAUAACCUGAGGUUGUCCAAUGUCGAUUACAGCGCCAUAGCUGGUGGCAAAGGCUUCCCAUUCCUCUUCCAGCAAAUCAAGGACUACAUCAACCUGCACCAAACACGUAACCUCAUCUAUUCGCUUUGUCGGUGGAAUGACCGGCUUGCCACGCACAUAGUCGCCAUGAUAUUUACCGCCAUUCAAAAACAUGCUGACAUCUGCCAGCCGUUCUUCAAGCUGCUGACGCUGCUGACUGAGAUGUCGGGAGGGCCGAACGGACUGCCUUGUUUCACCCAGCUGGUGCUGAGCCGAGUGUGGGACGUGGCAGAGGUGUGUCCACACUCGGCACUCGAGUGGCUCGCCAUCCAGGUGGCGCGCAACAAGAUCGCGCACCAGUGGGUCAUGCAGAACCUCGACACGUGGGUCGAGCACUAUCUACUCGCGCAUGUCAAUCAGCGGGUUCGUUCGUCUGCUGCUUACUUGCUCGUGUCACUGGUGCCAAGUCCACAGUUCAGGCAAUGCUACCGAGCAGCACGACAACACAAGGAGCUCAUUCUGUCUCCCGAGUCGCAGGAAAUCCUGCACACCGUCUACACUGUUCUGCUCAGGCUGCUCAAGAAGGCCAGGCACUAUACCGACAUCAACACGCACAGCUCUUCAAAGCUAACUACUUAUUUCACUCUGCUCAAUUUCUUUGCUGUUUCAAAGAAGGAAAAGCUUAUGUUUGGUCAGUAUCUACUAGAUUUGUGGCAACUUUUUCAUCCUAAACUGUCGGAGCCAGGCAUCGCAGUCCAUUUGAAUAAGCAGGCACUACUCCUGUUCUGGUAUCACGUCAGCACCGAUUGUCCUGAGAAUGUGCAGCUAAUACUGCAAAACGCGCACAUUGUCAAAAAUAUCGCUUUCAAUUAUAUUCUAGCGGACCAUGAGGACCAAGACGUGGUGGCAUUCAACAGGACUAUGCUGCCCGCCUACUAUGGACUGCUGCGGCUGUGCUGUCAGCAGUCGAGGGCGUUCACGCGGCAGCUGGCCACGCACCAGAACAUCAACUGGGCCUUCAAGAACAUCACGCCCUUUCCAACUCAGUACUCGGCGGCGGUUGAUGAAUUGUUUAAACUGAUGCAGAUAUUUGUUGCAAAGUAUCCAGAUACGACUGAAAAUGAAAUUAUUGAAAUCAAUAAUUUCAGAAAGCAGACGAUCAAUCUAUAUUUGCAGGUUCUUGAUGGACGCUCCUGCUGGGCUACUUUGAUAUCUGCAUUCAGGAUACUUGUUGAGACUGAUGAGGAUAGACUGUAUGUUAUGUACAGUGGUGGAUUGCAGAUGUGCUUUGAGUCGUUCCACACGCUGCACGUGAUGUAUCAUGAGGCGACGGCUUGCCAUGUCACCGGUGAUGUGCUAGACAUGCUGUCAAUACUGCUGGAUCUGGCCAAAUGUUUGAAAUUCCACCGAGACACCAAAGAUGUGCGAAGUCUGCUGCUGUCUUGCAAAGACUGGAUGGAGGUGCUUCGUAAACUCGUCACUCUACUCAACACCUACAAUCCGCCCGAAAUGCGCAAUCAGUGCAUAGAUGUGCUGAAAGAGCUGGUAUUCCUGUUGCCUACGGAGGUGCUUCAUGUGCUGGUGCCACUGCUGUCGCACUGCCACUCUGCGUUCCAGGAGAGUGCCAACGCAGUGCCGAUGGGGCCCUACUUCCCGCGCCGCGGCCACAAACUGCCGCCUCCCGGCCUCAAGGCGGCCGCCGCCGCCGCCACCCGCCCCAUCCGCCCCAUGGUGCAGAUGGCCGUGCCACACAACCUCGUCGAUGCUGCCAAAGGCACCGAUCCAGAUUAUGAUGAAGCGUUGUCAUCGUUCUACACUCCCUACCACAACUUUAUUGAUGUGAUGUGUCGUCUGGCCAUCAACCAUGACUGUAUGAACGAUGCAUUGGUCAACCUCAGUGCUAUAGUCGGCUUCGAAGGGGUUCCUCUGCAUCUAACCUUCUUUCCUAAGCUGUGGCUAGACAUCUAUCAUGCUCAAAAUGUUGAUCGGAAGUAUAUAACAAUGCUCACCAACAGCAAUUACUUCGUAGACUAUGUUGAAGCCAUACUUCUUGAUGAGCGCCCAUCUCUCAACAUUGACAUAAUCUACGAUUUCUUAGUCACAUAUUUUCCAAAGGUAGCUGAACAGGUGCUUACUGACCAGACAUGCCUGCUGAUGGAGAGCAUAGUGACGACGCUGGCCGAGAACAUGGCGUCGGGCCUGAACGUGUGCGAGCAUGCGCAGGCGUCGCGACUCAACGGUGACCUGCGCGCACUGGCCAUUGUCUACAGCGUCGAGUUGCCUGUCAUUCCGCAUCCGCAGCUCGAACCCGUGCUCAAUCAGCUGCUCACACAGAUCAACAACGAAUCAGGUGAGUGUCCAUGGAAAAAGCGGAAGCUUGCAACGGAGAAAGAAGAAGAGAAGCCAGCAGAAAAGCCAGCCGAAGAAAGCAAAGCGGCGUCGACCAGCUCUCCAAAGGCGGAGACCAGUAGCAGCAGCAGCAGCAGCAGUAGCAGCAGUGGAGGCACGGCAACGAGUACGGCGGGCUGCUCCAAGGAGGUGAAGGAGGCUCGAACCAGCAGCUCGCCAGACAAGACUGCCUCGCCCUCCACCGACUGGCUCGAGACCCUCGACACCACAGUCACUGCGCUUCUGGCCGCCAUCACGCAAAAGAACAACAACCAAGAAGACGCUUAGACUGCAACUCCAAGUAGUAUUGUCAUUCAGUGUUAGAAUAUCAAUGUCAACUUGCUGAAUACGAUUUCCAGAUUUUAUUCACAUAGGCUACGACUUUUAAAUUACUAUUAAAUGGUAAAGUGUAAUGAAAAUAGCUUUUGUAUUUUCCAUGAACUUAUGUAGUAGUAGUUCUACUAAUGGAAAAAGAAGGAUUUGCAUUUUGAAUUCAAGAAGAGCCUAUUCUUUUAAUAUUGUUUCGCUUGUUGAGCCCGUUUCUGAAGUUGGUUGCUGAUAAAUAUCUCUCACAAAUAAUGGAUCUUCUAAUUCCCGUAGCAAAGAAAGGGAAGAUGCUACUUUUGUAUACAAUUAUUUCAAUAAUUGGGAAUGUAGGAAGUUAUUAAAAGCCUAAUUUCCUUAAGUAGCUUAUAAUUAGUUCCCAGCGAUACUGUAAGAAGUAGCGUUAUACUCCCUGUGUUGUCGAAAUUGAACAAACUUUUCUUGAGAGAUUUUUAACCUAUGGAGAACUUGGUUAGAUAGGUUCAAGUUGUCUUGAGAGUAACAUGAAAAAGUUCAAGUUCUUUUAUAAUAUUCUAAUGAAUAUUUAUCAUUUUGCGAUUAUUCACGAAUAAUUUGGCGUCUAACCUUACCAAAGUAAUGAAAUGUGCAAACUUCCUUCAACACAAAAAUGUUUGAUAAUGAAAAGUGGUUUUUCCUAUAAUCAUCUGCCUAUAUACACCAAGUUAGCUUUAAAAAUCCUUAUCAUAUAUGCCCUUUCAGAUGGUUACAGGGAGAUGGAUCUCUUUUAUUAGAACCCAGACUAUUUCUAAAUACUGCAUCAUUGAAAGUUGAAAUAAGAAUGUUGGGUUUUUGCAAAGGAAAUCUAGUAUAUUUCCAAAGGAAACGAUAUACUGUUCAAACAGAAUAUACAGUUCUUUUUAAACAGUAUAUUGAAGAUGUUUCGUGGUUUGUAGAAAAAGCUCUAUCCUCGAAUUAUCUCUAAUAAUUUAUUUAUUGAUUGAGAAAUCUGCGCUGUUUCAAAAACCUAAAAUCCUUAAUAACUUCUCAAAUGAAAUAUAGUUGGCAAUAAUCUCCUUAAUAGUGAAAUGUAAUUUUAUAAAUGCUUUUUAUGAUACUUAUUAUUAUAUUUCGUAUAAUAAUUCAGGAUCAGAGUCUGGUCAAUUUUUGUGUUUAAGUAACAAGAUCACAAUAAUUACAUUGAAGCCAGUUCGUCACUGGCCUUUUGUUAAUUUAUAACCUCAGCAUGGUAUGGUUAUCAUAACCCUUCAGUCCUCGUUAUUUUGUUCUGUUUGGUAAGAAUACUAUUUUCAUCGAAUAUGCUCUUUGGUAUGUUAAUCGAAAAUCUUCAAAUUUAGGAUAAGAAUGAGAGCAGAGCUUUGAUCUCAAUGAAAGCUUAAUCACUUAAAAAAAAUAAUAUCACUUGGUUUUCUACACUCGCCUCUCUCUGCUCCUUACUUAUUGUGUCCGCGGAUCAUCAUUAGCUCACUAUUCUCAACAGGUCAACAAAUAAAAUAUGACCCUUGUUCUAACAAGUGAAUACCUACUUGAGUUUAAUCACAAUGAUUAUAAUUGGCGUGGUUUCGAUCUUCUACUUAUUAAAAAGAAACACGAGAGCUAUAUAAGUAAUUCAUCUGCAAAAUGGUGCACUGAAGGGUUAUAAUACAUCAGCAAACGCAUUGGAAUAAUCGCAUCGUGAUAAUAAUUCAUUUUUACUAUCGAAUCAUUAAUGUACUGAUCUAAAGAGUACUGUUCAACAGAAUGUUGUGUUAUGGUUGUUUUUUCAGAUUGAAAAUUACAAUCUAUUUGAGUAAACACUCUCGAUUUAAAUUUGAAUGUACAUUAACUGUAGGAAUAAAUUUUCCCUGGUUGUAAAUUGUUUUUGUAAAAUAGAAAUAUUUAGUUUUCUAUGAAAGAGCUCAUUUAAUUGAUGAUAAUAUUCGCAAUCUUGUAAAAAAGCUAGGUAGCUGUUUUUAUACGUAAAAAUUUUAUGCACUGAAACAUGAAUUGUUAUCAAUAUUAUUAUCCUCUAUUCACAAUUAAUUAUGUAAGACCAAGCUGCUCGAUGAAUGUGAAAGUCUUCUAAUAUGAUUACUAGAUCGCUGAAUGCUGUACAUUUCAAAAAUAUUACAUGUUAAUAUAGAUUAUAUAACUAGUAAUAAUUAUUAUUCUACUGUUGAAUUAUUCGUCUUUGACAUCUAUUGUUUCAUUUUUAUAACUUUGUUUAAAACAAAUAUCAAAAUAAUAUGAUAAGUAAUUUUAUGUAUUCCUUAGAUUGUACAAUUUUUAUACUAUUAAUAGUUAUGCUUUGGAAAAAAUUAAUUAGACUUUCAGUAUCCAUUUUGUUUCUCAAUUAUUAUCAUUAUUGAUUAGGUUAUGGAGGUAUAACUAUUACUUGUAAAGUUAUCUUUUCAAAGAAAUAUAAGCUGUUCAUUGUAUAUUUGAGGUAAAUUUUCAAUAAAUUUGUUUUUGUGAAAUUAUUACUGUGCAACUCAGAUUGUUUCAUAAAAGUUGUCAGUCGAUACUUAAAACUUAUGUGAUAAUGGUAAAGAAUUAUAGUUAGUGUUUAAAUGAAGAGUGACAUAUUAUGAUGAUAUUGACCCUUUGAACCAAUCAUUAUAUUUACGGCGUAAUCACCCAUUACGGGGAAUUCAAGUGAACUUCAAUUGCAAGCAAUUUUUACAUGUAAGUAGAUUAUGCAAAUGCAAUAUAUUUUAGAACGCUAUAUAAAUAUAUUAUAUUCUCAUUUCAAUUUCUGAUUACAUAAAAUCAACUCUUUAUGAGGAAGAAGCAAAGAUUCUGAUAUUAGCAAAAAUGAAAACUAGCAUUUUUCUUCUAUCAAUGUGUUAUAAGCGCCCAUUUGACUGUAAAAGUAUGUGUUUCUCAAAAUAAUGUUUCCAAGCCUAUGAAUAAAAUACUUUCUAGUCUGAAAACUA